GUCUAUCGCAACAUGGCCGGCAACAUAUCUUCCAACGCUCCACUUGAAUACAGCCUGCAUUACCGGCAGUGGUUCUCCGACUCGGACCUCUCAGGAGUUUCCUCGCCGGAGACCCUCUCCCCAGACUCGUCUCCGCCGCCUCUUCUUCCAAAAGCUGGCAAGUCGGGAUAUAGUUCUCGACACGGUGCGGCCUCGCAAAGGAAGCCCGGGAGGGUGGCGAGGGUCCGCAGUAAGCAGCGCGAGAGUGCUAGUGAGAAGGAAAAGCUGAGGAUGAGGGAUUUGACCAAAGCUCUGCACCACCUGAGGUCCUACCUGCCACCAUCGGUGGCCCCAACGGGCCAGACCCUCACCAAGAUCGAGACCCUCCGCCUCGCCAUCCGCUACAUCUCCUUCCUAUCGGCCCAACUGGGAGAUCCCUCCUCCUCUGCUUCCUCAUCUUCAUCCUCAUCUUCAUCUUCUUCCUCGCCGUAUUACUAUGCCAACCCUCCGCAGGCCCAGCGUGACGUGUACGCACAGCAGUGUCAAGGACAGGCUGCAGUGUUGCAUUCUGGGAGCUGUAGUUUUCCGCACAUGUUGCCACCAGGAGGUUCAGCUUCUUCCUCUUCUCAGAUUGAGUACAACAAUGACUACUACUGGAUUUGACAACAUCGCCGCCAUCCAACGACUACUACUGCCUCAUUGUGAAAGGACUAAUUUAUUACAAUAUUUUAACAU